AUGGCAAUUAUUACCAAUAAUUCGUUUCUUUCGGUCAAUUGUAUUUGUACAGAUUUUUUUUUGAAAGUAUUUUCAUCAAUUGGAGAUUGGUUGGUUGCUUGUGUCAAUUUCGAACGCGUAUUAACCAUUCUACUUGGUACUAAAUUCAAUAAAGCGACAAGUGAAAAAAUUGCUAAAAGACUAAUCCUUGGUAUACAUAUAUUUACUUUGGCAAGUUUUAUGCAUGAUCCUUUUCAUCGUCAUUUACUUGACGACACAGAAGAACAAAGAACAUGGUGUGUAAUUCGCUAUUCAUCAUCUGUAAAAAUUUAUGCUUCAAUUGUCAAUAUUUUGCAUUUUAUUCUACCAUUUUGCUUAAAUUUCAUUGCUGCUCUAGCGAUUAUUGUUUUAAUAGCUCGACAAAAAUCGAGAAUUUGUGAAGAGCAGAUAUAUAGAGAACACCUACGUAAUCAACUUCAUGAACAUAAACAUCGCUUAUUAAGCUCCUUAGUUUUAGUUAUAAUUGCCAUUCCACGUCUUAUUAUUUCAUUUGUAUCUACAUGUAUGAAAUCAGUUCGAAAUCCUUGGCUUUUUAUCGCUGGUUACUUCAUUUCAUUUAUUCCACCAUUACUUAUAUUCGUAAUCUUUGUUUUACCAUCUGAAUUUUAUCGAAAACAAUUUAAUGAUGCUACCGUUCGUAUUAGAAAGACCAUUCAAAAUCGAUUUCAUCUUCAAUAA